UGCUCUCAAGUUUAGGCAAUCUCCGUGGAUGAAAGAAUAUAUUGAGGAAAAUAUUCGCAAACGCAAAAUAGCCAAGGUUAAUGGAGAUGAAUUUGGGGUUAUGUAUUAUAAGCUAAAAAAUAAUGCUGUCUUUGGUAAACAGAUGGAGAAUGUCCGUAAACAUAUAAGAGUAGAAUUACUCCGAACAGAAGAGGAUAAAAAAAUCAGGCGCUUAGCAAGUUCACCAUUAUAUGUAGGCUUUAAAGCAUUCGAAGGGG